UGACAGCAGGUAAGAGCAUUCUGUCACAUUGGUUUCCCCUCUCCAGCGCCCAAAGCACUCGGCAAAAUGAUGCUUCGCGCCCGGAACAUCCUCGGUGGCACGAGGGCUUUCGCAUCUCCAGUCGCCGCCAGGAACUUGUGCGGCUCUCCUCUCGGUGCAAAAUGGCUCUGCACGCAACCCCCCCGUGCUAAAAGUGUCGAUCUUCCGUCUGAAGCUGAUGUUGUUGUAAUAGGUGGUGGAGUGAUGGGUUGUUUCACUUUGUACCAGUUAGCACGUCUAGGCUGCUCUCCUCUUCUCCUGGAGAGAUCCCAACUUACUAGCGGCACGACAUGGCACACUAAUGGAUUGUUGUGGAGUAUACGUCCUGGCGACGUAGACACAGCCAUCUUAAACAUUACCAGAUCCGCUGUACUGGAAAUCGAGAAGGAAGAGCCUGCGGGCUGGAUUACCAAUGGCGGCCUUUUCAUCGCAAACAAUAUGACGCGCCUCGAAGAAUACGCGCGGCUCUACACGCUGGGACAGACGGUCGGGGUUCCGUGUGAGCUUCUGGGCCCCCGCGAAGUGUCCCUGUUGUACCCGAUGAUGGAAGUUAGCGACGUGACGGGAGCACUCCACAGCCCUGGUGACGGCACGCUGGACCCCUCGACGUUGUGUAGGGCCCUCGUUAACCGAGCCAAGCUUCAUGGGGCCAAGGUGUGUGAAAACGUGGGCGUGACAAACAUUAAGACGGAGGAGGGCAUGGGCGGCAGAAAGACGAUCAGAUCCAUCACCACCACUGAGGGUCGAGUAAAGACUGAAGUGGUCAUUAAUUGCGCAGGAGUAUGGAGUCCUGAUAUCCUGAAAAUGGCCGGCAGCGAGGAGACACUGCCUGUAGUGGCCAUGAAGCACAGCAUGGUGGCCAUGGACGCAAUGCCCGGCGUGAGAGCGUUACCCAAUGUGCGAGACCACGACGCGAACAUGUGUCUCAGGGUGCAAGGCGAUUCGCUCAUCAUCGGGGGCUACGAGCUUAAUGCACCUCGCUGGGAGAAGGUAGACCCCCACUUCGCCUUCGGUCUCUUCGACUUCGACAUGAACGCCUUCAGUGAGAUACUGGAAGGCGCUGUCCACCGGGUUCCUCAACUGGCUCAAACGGGCAUCAAAACCACCAUCUGCGGUCCGGAGGCCUUCACGCCCGACAGGAAACCUUUGAUUGAUAUUACAGACCCUCUCUUUUCGACACUGACUGAUGCCGGAUGCUUCUGGGAGGAGGCGAAAGGCUGGGAACGCCCUGCCUUCUUCACAGGGACCGCGACGCCGCUCCUUGACUACGACUGGCGAGGGGCGUUUGACUACACACAUCGCGAACACUAUCCUUACAGAGACAUUCUGCAGCAGUCACAUACUUUUGAUCUCCCAAAAUACUAUAAACAGAUAGAGCAUGAAUACUUCGCCAUGAGAGACGAUUCAGCCGUCAUCAAUCAGUCAUCAUCGGGGAAGAUGCUGCUCUCCGGGACGGACGCUGAGAGGGCCAUCGACUGGUUGUUUGCCAGUGACGUCGAACGAGAGCCUGGCUUUGUGACAUCUUCCCUUGUCCUAAACACGGAAGGAGGCGUGGAAGCUGAUGUCACAGUUUACACUUUGGAUCCAGAUACCAGACUAGAGUGUGAAGGCGAGGCUAAGUACUUGGUAACGUGCGGCAGCGGGAUGGAGCCAAUCGUCAGUCGUCUGUUGCGGGACUUGUGCUGGAAGCAAGGCUUUAGUACUUCCAUUAAGCCCGUCACUCACGAAACUGGUAUUCUAACCUUAUAUGGACCCAACAGUCUGCAGGUACUGAGAGCGACGGACAUCGACAUGAUAGCCAUCCAUCCAAACCGCCACCAGCUCGUCAGUCUCGCAGGAACGCAAGUACGUGUGUGCGGCCGGUCGGCUGUGUGCUGGGAGGUCCAUGCAAAGGUCGAGGAACUUAUAGCUGUCUACGAGGCGCUUACGGCUCUAAGCGACAGGUACAGGCUCAUCAACGCUGGCUACUACGCACUUAAUAUCAUCAGCUUAGAACAAGGGAGCUGCAGCUGGAACUUAGAUAUCCGGAGGGGCGACACUCCCCUUGAAGCGGGUGUGUGGAGGCCUGGCCAGAACGAGGGCGAAGGUCAACGCCAGUUCUUGGGGCAGCCUGCUCUUUUGCGCCAGGCGGCCGAGGGUGUGACCAAGUCCAGAGUCCUACUAGAGCUGCCGGGGUGUCCGCCGCUGUGGGGUGGCGAGGCCAUCGUGAGGGACGGUGCCAUUGUCGGCGGAGUUCGAAGGGCGGACCACAGCUUCGAGUGCGGGUGUCCGUUGGCUUCGGGGUACGUGGCGCAUGCGAGGACCAACGCCCAGACUGCGCGCUCGCUCUUCCAGACUAGUAGAUGGGAAAUAGAAAGAAUGGGAGAACGUUUCCCUGCAGUCCUUCGAGAGUUUUAAGAAGUCUUCAGUAAGAAUAUUUCAGCAUAAGAAUCAUUACUGACUACUAAUUGCACUUCAUUAUUUGGGUGUGCGUGCAUGUGCAUGCAUAUCCAUAUAUGUGAACUGAUGUGUUCAGAAAUAAGCUAGGUUAUAUGAAUUUAUAUAAAAAUACACCAACUCUUCAGCUGCCUUUAUAAAUAAAA